AUCGGCGGAGCGUUCGUUCGUUCGUUCUCCCUCCUCGUCUGUCUGUCGGCGGAGCGUGGCCGGCGCUGCUCAGCUCCAUCCCGCCCGUUCGCCUCCGCAGCUGCCGCCGAAGCCCGCUCCGCCGCUGCCGCCCGCGCUGCUGACGAGAACAUUUGGGCUGUGCUCGCUCCCGCCCGCGGCCGGUGGAGCGCGGCUUGCUCCUGCCCACGGGCGGCGGAGCCCGUCCCGCGGCUGCUCAGCUCCCGCACACCUCCUCCCCGUGCCCGCGGCGCUGUCGGGCGGUCAGCUCGCGGCCGCCUCAAUCCGGACGCCGCUGAUUCCCAUUCGCCACCUCCACUUUCGCGUCCUCGCCCGUGCCGCGGGGCCUCGCCGUACCGGGUGGCUUCCUCCUCUCCCUCCCUCCCUCGAGCGCGGCUCUCGCGCUCCAACGGUGGUUCUCGAUCAUCUCUUUUGCCUCGCCAUCCCCCACUGUCUGUCACUGUGUCCAACGCUAUCCGAUCCGGCCAAUCCCCCGCUUCGCCGGAGCUCGGCCGUGAGGGAAGGGGCUGGGCCAUGGCGGGAGCCUUCGCUCUCCGCCUCGUGCCGCGCCUCGCCGCGGCGCCGCCGGGGAGGGGGGAGGGCGGUGGAGGAAGAGCCAGCCGCGGUGCACGCAGUACAGCGUUGUAAGUGGGAUAAGUUUAUUAUAGCUGUGUGCUGGUUGCCCUCACCUUUGCUCCACGAAUGUGAUUGUCUAGUUUUUUUGACGAAUCUCGUGGGAGCUCGAUGCCUCGAUUUUCUCCAGAUUCGUUUGGUUCGAUGUGCUGGUCCAGUUCAAGGCACUUCAGGAUAUUGAUUUAGCAUACGAGGUAGCCGAAGACGGUUUUGGUGAUUCGGUGCGGUUUGUCUUGUAUCCGUGUCAUUAAAAGAAGUUUUGUUGUGAACUCAAAGAGUUUUUGGAAGAUACGUGAUGUGCAGGUCCUCGAGCCAGUAUUUGGUUGUUGUGUUUAGGAUGCAGAUUUGCAGAGUAGCUACAUGGAGAUGGUGUUUAAGUCACAUUAUGGAUCAACUACACACACAGGUGACAAAGAAACCAAACAAGGAGCACCAUUUGUGGAUCAGGAAGGAGACAGCUGGGUCCGGGAAAAAGGCUCUCCGUCUUAUUGAUGCUGUUUCCAAGUUACCAAAUGAAAAGGAAGCUAUUUAUGGUGCAUUAGACAAAUGGAGUGCUUUUGAGCCUGAAUUCCCUGUUGUAGCAGCAGCAAAAGCUCUAGGGAUGUUGAAAAGGCGAAGAAAAUGGCUAAGAAUCAUACAGGUAACCAAGUGGUUGAUGAGCAAAGGCCAGGUGCUGACAUGGACAACAUAUGAUACACUUCUGCUGGCACUUUUUAUGGAUGGAAGGGUAGAUGAGGCUGAAUCUAUUUGGGAUACUAUCAUACAGACUCAUACACGCUCUGUGCCCAAGAGGUUGUUCUCUCGGAUGAUCUUGAUGUAUGACAUUCACCAUCAUCCAGAUAAAGUUCUGGAGGUACAUGCUGACAUGGAGGAAUUAGGGGUGCGUCCAGAUGAGGAUACAGCUAGGCGGAUUGGAAGAGCAUUUGUAGCUUUUGGCCAAGAAGAAAAAGAAAAGCAUGUCCUUGAUAAAUACUUGAAAAGGUGGAAGUACAUCCAUUUCAAUGGUGAGCGUGUUAGGGUGCGGAGGGAUGGUCCACUGGCAUAGCAACCGUUAUCUGAAAUGCUUGAAGCCAUCUAUAUCACCUCGGUUGGGAAGAUGUCAUUAUUAUUGCCGCUUUGACGGCCACACUGAGAUAUCGGCAUUCCUCUUAUUUGGGAUGGAACAACGCCGGGAGGUUGAUCUGUAUUUCUCUAGUCUGUGGGAAGAGAUGAAGAGCGGCUGGGUGGAGACUACUAACAUGCUACUGAGUUAGGUAUCUGUAUAUGCAUCCACUAGUUGUGAAUUGUGAUGGCUUUAACGUGUAUGUGUAGUUGGGUAGUUCGUUGGUAUGAUGAUCCUUGUGAAGAACAAUAUCUGAUGAAAGGCCUCAUAUAUUUCGGAUUGCA